AUCACUCAUCCCUUCCGUUCAUUCCCUGCACACUCUCUCGCUAACUCACAGAAGAGAGGUCCAGAUCUACUUUCUCUCUCUCUCCAUCCAUAUCUCCCUUUCUCUUCUCUGGCCAUGGCUUUGCUCGUCGAGAAAACCACCUCCGGCCGCGAGUACAAGGUCAAGGACAUGUCCCAGGCCGACUUUGGCCGGCUCGAGAUCGAGCUUGCCGAGGUUGAAAUGCCCGGCCUCAUGGCCUGCCGCGCCGAGUUCGGGCCCUCGCAGCCCUUCAAGGGCGCCAGGAUCACCGGCAGUCUGCACAUGACCAUCCAGACCGCCGUCCUGAUCGAGACGCUCACCGCCCUCGGCGCCGAGGUCAGAUGGUGCUCCUGCAACAUCUUCUCCACGCAGGACCACGCCGCGGCGGCCAUCGCCCGCGACAGCGCCGCCGUGUUCGCAUGGAAGGGCGAGACCCUCCAGGAGUACUGGUGGUGCACGGAGAGGGCGCUCGACUGGGGCCCUGGCGGAGGCCCGGAUCUCAUUGUGGACGACGGUGGCGAUGCGACCCUGUUGAUCCACGAGGGGGUCAAGGCUGAGGAGCUCUACGCCCAAAACGGGACCCUGCCCGAUCCAAGUUCCACCGACAAUGCCGAGUUCCAGAUCGUGCUCACGAUCAUCAGGGACGGGCUCAAGUCCGAUCCCAAAAGGUACACGAAGAUGAAGGAGAGGCUCGUCGGGGUGUCUGAGGAGACCACCACCGGCGUCAAGAGGCUUUACCAGAUGCAGGAAAACGGAACUCUUCUAUUCCCUGCCAUUAAUGUCAAUGACUCUGUUACCAAGAGCAAGUUUGACAACUUGUACGGAUGCCGCCACUCUCUACCAGACGGUUUGAUGAGAGCCACUGAUGUCAUGAUCGCCGGAAAGGUUGCGGUGGUCUGUGGGUACGGAGAUGUGGGCAAGGGCUGUGCUGCAGCCCUGAAGCAGGGCGGUGCCCGCGUGAUUGUGACUGAGAUUGACCCAAUCUGCGCCCUCCAGGCCCUCAUGGAGGGCCUCCAGGUCCUAACCCUGGAGGACGUUGUCGCGGAUGCUGACAUCUUCGUCACCACCACAGGCAACAAGGACAUCAUCAUGGUCGACCACAUGAAGAAGAUGAAGAACAAUGCCAUUGUCUGCAACAUUGGCCACUUUGACAACGAAAUCGACAUGCUCGGCCUGGAGACAUACCCUGGGGUGAAGAGGAUCACCAUCAAGCCCCAAACCGACAGAUUUGUCUUCCCUGAGACAAACAAGGGUGUCAUCAUCCUGGCUGAGGGUCGUCUCAUGAACUUGGGCUGUGCCACCGGACACCCCAGCUUUGUGAUGUCAUGCUCCUUCACCAACCAAGUCAUUGCCCAGCUGGAGCUGUGGAAGGAGAAGGCCACUGGGAAGUACGAGAAGAAGGUUUAUGUCUUGCCCAAGCACCUCGACGAGAAGGUUGCAGCUCUUCAUCUUGGGAAGCUCGGCGCGAAGCUCACGAAACUCACUGCUGACCAAGCUGCUUACAUCAGCGUUCCGGUCGAGGGUCCCUACAAGCCUUUCCACUACAGGUACUAAGAAGACUUCAAGAAGAGAAAUCUUUUACCUACACGGGCAAUGCUUUGUCUUCUAUUUUUUUCAUCAGAUCUGAUUUACUUUGCCAAGAAACAGUUGUUUUUUUGUGGGUUGUUGGGAUAUGUUGAAAAGUUUGAGUACCAGAGGGAAAGGUCUCUUGUUGAAGAAGGCCAUUUUUUCUUGUUGAAUAAGGUUGGGGUUUUGGGGGGAGGGCAUUUUGGACCCUUUGGGGUGGUACUUUACUACUUUAGCUAUUUAAGUUACAGGGGCUUGCUUUAAUUCUUAUGUCAUGUUAUAUUUUCUUCUAUUCAACAAAAAAAGGAAACGCGUUUUGUUUUCUUUGCAUGUCCAAUUUGUUUUCACUUGUUCAUCAUUUUACUCAAAGCAAAGGUUGCUUAGGACUCUUUUCAAUUUGGUGGGUUUGGAAUUUUGAAAAUGCCUAUUGAAAUUGUAAAAGGUUAAAAUAAGGUUUACAGAACAGU